UCAAAGUUUUAAAUUUUUUGCUUUUCUCACCUCAACUUAUAAAGAGUAUGAGAGAACUACUGACUUUACAGUUUGGUUCUUACGCCAACUUUGUAGGUACACAUUACUGGAAUCAGCAGCAGUCGCUUUAUACCCCUUUUCCUGAAACUAUAAGAGAAGAUGUCGAUAUCGACCACAGAGUUCUCUUUCGUCAAGGCAUUAGUCAAAAUAAUUUAGAGACGUUUACACCCAGAGUCAUCAUUGUUGAUAGUAAGGGGAAUUCAAAAUUACACAAAGAGGGGCCUUUGUAUCAGCCUGAUUAUAGAAGAGAAAACACUAAUUGCUCUACCUGGGAUGGUCAAGUUAAUUUAUACCAAGAGAAAGCUUUUACUAAGAAUGAAUUUUUUCUUAAUCCUUAUGAACCUGUUGACUUUGCUGUUAAGCGUUACAAAAUUAACGAGGAAAUAACUUGGACGGAUUUGUCAAAAGUUCAGUUUCAUAGAAAAAGCAUGGCUCAUUACAGCGGUGUCAAUAGUGAAGAUCAGUUGAGCUCCUUUUUCCAAGGAGUGGAACUUUAUACAAAUCAGUUUAAAGAAGAAUUGGAAAACAAAGCGCGUUUUUUGCUGAAGAGUGCGAUCAUCUUAUGGUACAAGCUCUAUCUUGUAGAUUUUUAAUCUCGCUCUCCGUCUUUACGCAGGGGGUUCAAGUGUGGGCGGACACGGACGACUGCACGGGAGGGCUUUUAACUGCCUCCAUGACCGACUUCCUAGACGAGUACAGCAAGAGGCCCGUCGCCAUAUUUUCCUUGAACCAUCCCCACAGAGCGCCUACCGAAGACUUGCUGGAGAGGUCCAUUCUUAACCAGACCCUUUCCCUGUCUGGCCUGUACACGCUCUCGUCCCACCUCUCUCUGGUGCCUCUCUCCGUUACUUCCGAGUGGGGCUCUACUCUUACUAGCCAAAACAAAUAUCGUGAGUUUGCCGAUCUCUGCUACCAAGAUUACAAUCUAUACAGUUCCAGCGCCAUUUUAGCAACCGCUAUUGAUACCGCCACUUUGCCCUUUAGAAAUAAAAACGGCACGCUAACUUUCUCCCAGUUGUUCGAUUACUUAACCUUUAACGGUCGUCUUCCUGUGUCUUCCUGCAGGAUAAAGCUUCCUUUUGCUACAACUACUGAAACGCUACGACAUAUACUCGGCUCUUUGAACGAUUUUAUGGACCCUCUAAGCCCUGGAAUUUCGAAACUCAACACUUCUGAACCGUUCACAGCUCAGUAUACUGUGCGGGGCGCCUUUAACCCGCAGGCCAAUUCUUUGCUUUCUGCGUACGCCAAAGGCUUCGGCUCGAGAUAUAUGUUUAUGGAGUCCACGACGCCGGUUUCUGUUCAAGCGCCCUUUCCCGACUUCUUUGUCGAGAAGUUUAAACACGAGGUUAAUUGCAUUACUUGUCUUGAGACGGGCGCAGGGACGGGAGGGGCCCUGAAAAAACUGAGCAUCUACUUUUCUCGUGGGUCUUUUGUUUUCUAAAAAGAGGUAUCCACAAGACUAUCAAGCCAAUCAGUUUGAUAUAGAAGAAGCUGAGGAACUUUUAAGGACACUGGCUGAGGAGUACACAAACCC